ACCCGUUUGCCGCCUUCACUUUUCAGCAGCUCAGCUAAACCCUCCCCCUCCCUUUCUCCUUGUUCUAGGGUUUAAGCACUGCAACUCGUGCCCACCUCACUCUUAUUCUCUCUUAGGUUUCAGAAUGGCCCCGUCAAACAUCAGAGACCUCUUGACGGCGUUUAAUCCGUCGCUGGACUUGUUCGCCAUUACUUCCGGCGACGGUCGAAUCAAGAUUUGGGACACUGUGAAGGGUCAAGUCCAGACUGAGUUUACAGACAUAGUAUCAGAGGAAGAUACAAGCAUAUUUGCCAAAAGAGAAAGAGGGCAUCUCUCUGUUGAUUACACUUGCAUGAAAUGGUUCACUUCUGAAAGAAAGAAGAAAAGGAAGCUUGGGUGCUCGUUGCUGGUUUUGGGAACUGGUGGUGGUGAUGUAUUGGCUCUUGAUGUGGCUGCUGGUCAAUCGAAAUGGAGAGUUACUGAUUGCCAUGCAGGUCGUGUUAGUGCAAUAUCGUUUGCAAGAAGUGGUUCUUCUAUUUACACUGCCGGUGCUGAUGGGAUGAUUUGCGAAAUCGAUUCACUUACAGGAAACCUGUUGGGGAAGUUCAAAGCUUCGACAAAGGCAAUCUCCUCUAUGUCUGUUUCAGCAGAUGGGAAGAUAAUAGCUACUGCAGCUGCACAAAUGAAGAUAUUGAAUUUGUCUGACCACAAAAAGAUACAGAAGUUUUCUGGCCAUCCUGGAGCUGUUCGCUGUAUGAUCUUCACUGAGAAUGGGAAGUACAUUCUCUCAUCUGCAGUUGGUGAAAGGUAUAUUGCAGUAUGGAAUAUAGAUGGUGGGAAAAAGCAGUCAGCAAGUGCUGUUCUCGCAAUGGAGCACCCUGCUGUGUUCCUUGAUAGCAGGUGCAUAGACAGUGGGGAAGUUGGUGAUGCAGGUCUAUAUGUCUUAGCAAUCUCAGAAGUUGGCGUUUGUUAUUUUUGGUUUGGAAAGAAUGCUGAAGAAUUACGGAAUGCCAAGCCUACAAAAAUUUCAGUAUCUUCUGAAGACAGUUUGUCUGAAACUCAUAGGGGUUCACCUGCAAUAUUUGCUGCAAUUUUACAAGGAAUUGCCAAAUCAGCUUCUGGGCAGAUAUUUGUUGCUACUGGAUUACCAGUGAAGCCAUCAUUUCAAAAACUUUUGGUGCAUUCUGGUACUGACAUAAAGUUGAGUAGCUCCCGUGAUGGGGUUCUUCUACCAAUUAGUCAGUCUCUUGUCAAAUCCAAGAGAGGCCAAGAUGUACAAAAUAGAGUUGUUGCAUUAGAUCGUGCAAAUGCAGAAGAUGCCCUACUUCCGAUUCCAAAGAUCUUUGAUUCGCAUGAAAAAAAGAAAAAGCAUGAAAAAUUGCGCUUUGACAAAGACGAAGUAAUGGCCGAUUUGGAGGACAGCAGGAGUCUCUCUGGCCCUGUGAAGACCAAAGAUGGCACGGUAGAAUUUGAACUUGACACUGGAGCAAUUUGCAUGGAGGACCGGUUGAGAUCAUUAGGAAUACUCAGUAAACUAGAUGACCAAACAAUCAAAUCCACACUAAAUUCUGCAGCAUUCAAGAGUAUUGACAUUCAGACAAAUAUGCCACAAAAGAAGAUGAGGGCAGCUGUACUGUCAAUGGUACCUAGUGACACAUACAAGUUAUUGGGAGUUUUGGUGGCCAUUUGGCAAACAAGGUCUAGCAGUGGAAAUUAUGUACUUCCAUGGAUAUACAGCAUAUUGGUAAAUCACAGUCAUUAUGUCAUGUCAGAAGAACCUGAGACCCAGGUGCUUAGUUCCUUGUUCAAGGUCACCAAAUCUAGAAAGGCAGCUAUUCAGCCUUUAUUACAAUUAUCCGGUCGUUUGCAGCUUGUAGUGGCACAGAUUGACAAGGCAACAAACACCGGAAAUCAAAUUUUAUUGCAUGAGGACCAGAAGGAUGAAAGUGAAGAUGAGGAUGAAGAUGUAAAUGAAAUUCACUUCAGGGAAGAAGAUGAUGACUCUGAAAUAAGCAGUGACGAUGAGCAGUAGUUGAAUUUUGUGAUAGGAGGAUUUAGGAUAAAGAGGCUAGAAGUGGUGCAGCAUUUUCAACAUCUUCUUCAGCCGAUCAACUGGUCUCUUGAUGCCGCGAAGCUGGAAAAUUUUAGUGCUCAAGGUCACAACCUGGGCUCCUGGCCGUGCUUAACACCCGCAAUUUUGUUUUGCUCCAUUCCACCCCUCUUAUCCUGGUGAAGAAGUUGAUUUGCCCCAAGAUAUCAAUUAUAGUACUCUCUUUGUAAUUUAUUGCAUAACAUAGGUUUAUCAGUGUAUAUCUUUGUGCCUUGCGAAAAGCAAUCAAUUUUGUACAAUGAACACUCACUUUUGCUGCCAAUAGAUUAGCGGCUAUAGCCGCUGCUUGACACUUGUUAGAGCCCAAAUAUCACUACUUAUGAAGAGUAAUUGGCAGAGUUUUUUUUUUUUUUUGGGACAAAUUGUGGCAGAGUUGUUGAUCAUAUAUAGAGAGAUGA